AUUUCGAGAGAGGAGUACGUUUUAAGCCGGUGCUCCAUGUGUCCCGUCCCGUGUCCCGUCCCGUCUACGUUUUAAGCUGCGAGCGAGAUCUGCUUUCACAGCGUGGCUGACCAGCAGAUCCGUCGUUGCCGGAACCCACGCUCGCCGGCUGCGAAUGCAUCUGUAGCCUGCUCUUCGUCCACACGGACAAUUGGACGAGCUAGACUCUGCGUCGCCGGCGAUGGGGUGCUCCUUCUCAGGGCUGAACGCACUGUACGACACCGUCGGCGGUCGGGGUGGUGACGUCUGGGUUAACGACUACCACUUCCGCGUGCUCCGCAGGCUCGGCGAUGCCGGCCCUGCGGGCUCGUCGGUCUUCCUCGUCAAGGAGGUCGUCGCCGCCGCAACCGCCUCCGACGGCACGGCUGGGUCAGAGCCCGGCGCCUCAGGGAUCGCCGGGAAGAAAGGCAUCGACCCAUCACACAUCUCAGCUGACGGGACAUAUGCUCUCAAGAAAGUUCUUGUUCAGAGUGAUCAGCACUUAGAGCUUGUUCAGCAAGAGAUCCGAGUGUCCUCUCAAUUCAGCCAUCCAAAUUUACUUCCUCUUCUUGAACAUGCCAUCGUUGCUGUCAAGGAUGGAUCCCAGAACUAUGAGGCCUACUUAUUAUUCCCAGUUCAUUUAGAAGGAACAUUACAUGAUAUAACUAAAACCAUGCUUGAAAAGAAGGAAUUCUUCCCAACAAUUACUGUUCUCCAGAUAUUUCGCCAGCUUUGUUCUGGAUUAAAGCACAUGCACAGUUUUGAUCCACCAUAUGCGCACAAUGGGGUUAAACCAGAUAAUGUCCUCAUAACACAGAGGAAGCAGUCUCAUCUAGCAAUUUUGAUGGAUUUUGAGAGUGCUGGUCCAGCAAGAAAGACUAUUAGAUCACAAGCUGAAGCUUUGCAGUUACAGGAAUGGGCUUCAGAGCACUGUUCUUCUCAUUACCGUGCCCCCGAACUAUGGGAGUGUCCAAGUCAUGCUGACAUUGAUGAGAGGACAGAUAUAUGGUCUUUGGGAUGCACUUUGUAUGCUAUGAUGUAUGGAAAGUCUCCAUUUGAUUAUGAGCUUGAUGAGUCUUCUGGUGAAAGCUUGCACAGUGUUAUUAAAAAUGUACAGAUUAAAUGGCCUGAAGAAGCGGGAUCUACAUACCCUGAUUCCCUCCGCCAGUUUAUAACUUGGAUGCUGCAGCCACAUCCCGCAGUUCGUCCUCAUAUUGAUGAUAUCAUAAUUCAUGUUGAUAAACUUGUCAUGAAGUACUCUAAUUAACCGCUACACCAAGCCGCUUCUCCACCAGAAAAAAGAAUCAUUAUUAUGUAAGUCUACACGAUUCAUUAGCAAAAUGUGAUAUGUAUGUUCCUUGAUAGCUAUUACUGUAUUAAACGAGAAAAGGACAUUCUGCUGUAGUCUUCAACCAUUCGUGGACUCGCCAUUGUUCAUGAGUAUGUUAUCUAUAGAUGUUUUUUUUGUAUGCCCGACAGUGUUACCGGGUUAAUAAAUGAUACAGUACCUCUUUUAUAGUUAUAAUGGUGCCCUCAUUGUGUUGUUCA